AUGAGAAGUACAGCAGAGAGAGCUAGCAAACAAACAGCAGACAGGGACAAAGCACUGUGUCUUCUGUGGAGGAUGCCUAAAGGUCUUACUUUCAUUCGUCUUUUUAUGCUCUUACUCAGUUUCUCCACUAUUUGCCUGGGAGUACUUUGCAUGUCCAUGAAUUCCUCCAUGUGCAGAUGUGGGAACAACAAGCUAGUGUUUUAUUGCCUGUUAGCUUUGGGGCUCUGUCUCCUAGUUACUGGCAUUUUCUGGAGCACUUUCCAUGAAGUCCUGAAAUACAGGGCCCUUGGCAUCUUCAUUCGAAAUCCCAGCCACAGAGAACCACAUGUCUGCACCAUAGACAGGCCUGACUUCUAUCCUCCCUCUUAUGAAGACAGCAUAGAUCCUGAAAAACUGGUCUCCGCACUGUCAGUUGCCUCCACAAUAAAACAGGAAGAAUUCAUCAAUAUUCCUCCGCCUCCAUACAGUGAAAGCAGUGUAGAGUUUGUCAGUGAAACAAAUGAGCAGGAACAGCCACCACCAUACACAUUAUCUCUGGAGCAACAGCAAACAGCUGGCCAAGACCCAAACCCCGGAAGGGGGUUAAAUUCUCAUAUAUUCAUGCAAGAAAUCAAUUGCCAACAGGAUACAGAUUUCCAGAUGACCUCAGGAAGAGCAACACCUGUCAAAACAUGA